GGACAUAUAAAACAUUGUUGUGUGUGAUUAAUUUUCAACACUUUUCAAAAAGUCAAAAAUUAAAAUAAAACACCUGCAGUCUUGGUAGAUCUUCAGAUAGAAACUGGAAGUCAUGGCAAGCAAUAGUCCAGGGAAUACGACAGAUACAAGGCAUAAUUUCUCACUUUUAUUAUCCAAAUGGAUAAUUCCAAUGUCACUUUUCUCCUUUUUGUGUGUUACAGCUUUAGUCGUGAACAGUUUUCUGUUGUUCGUUAUUUGGAAAGACCCAAAAAAAUGUUUAAGAACACGUCCUACAUUCUUCAUCACGAAUUUGAUUAUCGCAGAUUUCGUCGGAGCUCUGUUCAACAUAACACGUUUCGCCUACCGAUAUUUUGUUCAAGAGUUUGGAAACGGACAGACAACAACUGCUUUUGAAAAGCCUGUGAUUGUACUAGGGUAUGCAGCACUGCUUGUGUCAUACAUGACUGUAUUUCUUAUUUCCAUGGAACAUCUCGGGGCUAUAGCAAGCCCUCUCAAGUUCAAAGUAAUGGUAACAAAACGAGUGAUAGCUUGGACUAUAGGAUUAACAUGGUUACUUGGUAUGACGCUGACGAUUUUGUUGUACACAAUACCAGAACAUCACCAAGUGUUUCAUGCAAUUACAGCAAUCCACGGUCUUCUAUUAAUAACAUUACCAACUGCCUACACGUUUGCAUAUUUAUCUCUUAAACGACAAUUAAAGGAAGUUUUUGGAAUGGACAACAGCUCCACAGGAAAUGCUGCGUCGAAACAAAAAAGAAUUUUACAGCAAAAAAACUUUCUUAUUUCAUCAGCUGGAAUAGUUUUGUUUUCUCUCGUCACUUGUGCUCCAUUUGCAUUUCACAACUAUGAACAAUUUUCUAAAGAUAUUCAUUAUAAUCUUUACAGAAACGGUGAUGAAUUGGGAAUGAUUUUCUGGAUUAUUCUUAAUUUAAAUCUGUGCACAGAUCCUUUUAUUUACUGUUUAAGAAUCCCACAAUACAGGAAUUCGUGUGCUGUGCUGUUGUGCGGCACAAGGCGGCAGACUUAG